AUGAAGAGUGUAAUUUCAUCUAGUCACGUUACGCGGCGCACGCAACUUCUGAAUCCAUUAAGACUGGUUUCCACAUCGAGGCCAUUCAACACUUCCAUCCCGCUGGGGAAGUCAUCCGAUCUGAAAAAUCCAAUUUCCAGUUCACCGGAGUCACAACACGUCAAUGCUUCCCGCAGUCUGGGAGAUCGGAUGCAAGACACUCCCGAUACGCGAUCCGCGCAGUCUCCAGUAGCUAAGCGCGAUCCAUUGGAGAAGGGCAGCGAAGCACACGCGGGAGAGGAACAAACGUCGACAGACGCACAGAUAAAAAAUGACCCUAAAAAGCCCGCCGAAGCCAAACGAAAGAAUGUUGAGAAUGCAGGUCAGAAACCCAUGGGACCUGAGGAUCAUCAAUAG